AACAACCAAAAUAUCAAUACCAAGAUUUAAAAUCCAAAAUUAAAAUGAAAUUUAUGAUUUUAUUUGCACUUCUCGUGGUGGUUUUAGUGGCGGGUACAACAGCGCAACGUCCUCGUAGAUGUCCUCAAGGAGCUCGUCCUCCAACAUGCGUUGGUCCUCGCAAUGUGGGCUCAAGAUGUGGCACAGCUCCUCCACGUACCAUGUGGUAUUAUAAUCAAGCCAGCCGGACUUGCAUAGCAAUGCCCCAUUUGGGUUGUGGCGGGAAUUCAAAUCGUUGGUGUUCCCGUGUUGGCUGUGAACGCAGAUGUGCUCGUACUACCGGCUAAGAAUACAUAUAUUUGAAAUUUGAAUGGAUAAUAUGUAUAACUGCCUGUACUUUGUAAAAAUUAUUUAAAGGACUUUUUCCAUUGUUUAACCAAAAUUGUUUAUAAAUAAAAUAAAAUUAAUUCUAGCACUUUAAAACACUUAAA